AUGGCUGAACGUCUUAAGCAACUCCAAUCCCAACUCGGCCCCGUAUCUGGCAACUUCCCAAGUGGAAUGUUUGCCGGCCAAACCGCCAUUAUCACUGGCAGCGGGCAAGGUAUCGGCGCUGAAUGCGCGAAGUUAUUCGCCAAGGACGGCGCAAACGUCGUUGUAUGCGACAUCGACCAAAGUAAAGCUGAGGCUACUGUAAAGGAGAUCAAUGAGAGUGGUGGUAAAGCAAUUGCUGUUGCUGGAGAUGUUACAAGUCAAGAAUACAACGAUAACCUCGUGAAGAAGGCGGCUGAGUUCGGAAAUGGCAAGAUUCACCAUCUUGUCUUGAAUGCCGGUUUUACAUGGGACGCUGUCAUCCACAAGAUGUCGGACAAGCAAUUCGACGCUAUGAUCGCAGUUCACAACAAGGCACCAUUCAUGCUCGUAAGAGCCGCGGCUCCAUUUUUCCGUGUCACAGAUGGUGAAAACAGAACGAUCACCACGAUUUCUUCGACUACAGGCGUCAAUGGAAACGCUGGACAGAUAAACUACAGCAUAGCCAAAUCUGGCGUUACCGGAAUGGCAAAGACGAUUGCCAAAGAAUGGGGUCCAAAAUAUGGUGUUCGCGCAAACGCUAUUGCUUAUGGCUACAUUACAACCCGAUUAACAGCUGCUAAAGAAACCGGCGGCUUUGCCGUCUAUGGUAACGAAAAGGUCGCAAUUGGUAUCCCGGGAGCUAGUAGCACAGGCGCCGGCAAUGCCGGUCUCAAAGAAAUCCCACUUCAGAGAGGAGGUACACCGUUGGAAGCUGCUGGUGCUAUUGUAGCAUUAGCCAGUCCUUUAAUGAGCUAUGUUACUGGACACGUAUUGAUGGUCACCGGUGGAAGGAAUAUGUAA